GCACUGACGAGCAUGGGCUGAAGAUCCAGCAGGCUGCGGCCGCAGCAGGGACAUCUCCACCGGAGCUCUGUGAGCGCAUCUCGGGCCUCUUCCACCACGCCUUGACCCAGGCUGAAGUCUCCUUCACCGACUUCACCCGCACCAGCCAGCCCAGCCACCGGCGAGCUGUGUGUCACUUCUGGGGCGCCCUGCAGGACAGCGGGAUGCUCUACAAAGGGUCUUACGAGGGCUGGUACUGCACACCCGAGGAGAGCUUCCUGAGCGAGAGCCAGCUGGCUGAGCGCAAGGACGCCCAGGGCCGCCCCUGCAAGGUGUCUCUGGAGACCGGCCACCAGUAUUUCGAAGGCUUCCAGAUCUACAAGUCUUUAGAGUGCAUCGCCCUGUGCGUGAGGCAGACCAACGGCUUCUUCCAGAGGCACAAGCCUUGGAAACUCGACCGAAAAGAGCCCGUGGAGCAGCUCUGGCUUGACACCAUCAUCCACGUCACGCUGGAGUGCCUGCGUGUGUACGGGACCCUCCUGCAGCCCGUGAUCCCACGGGCAGCAGACAAGAUGCUUUCCAGGCUGGCUGUGAGACCAGAAGAGAGAGAGCUCUCGAGUUUGACAUUUCUGCCCCGCUACGACGGGAAGCCGUGUCCCUUUGAGGGGAGGCAGCUGGGACCCGAUACCGGGGUCCUGUUUCACAGACUAGAGAUGCCAGGACGGCGUCAG